CCCCUCCACCGCCCACAGAACGCCGGUCGAGUAAUAAAACACUGCGCGUUUACAUAUCACCAAAUAGUUCCGUGAAUGUGCGUUCCCGCUUUACUUUCUCCGCGCGCGCGCUUUUCAGCGUCAGUCUACACAUAGACAAUAAAAACUUUUUUAUAAACUUUUUAAUUUGAUACAAGUGUUGUGUUGUGCUAGUACUAAGAUGGCGGCUUCCCUCAUGAGACUCGGCAUGCGCUCCGUAGCCCUGAAUUUGGAAAGGACGGCGGCCCUUCUCUCUACCAGUACAGUACAAAAUCAAAUUAAGUUGAUCCACUCAAAGGCGAUCUGCAACGGCUCCGUGUGUUAUCUAUCAGAGCGCGAGGCGGAGCUGAACAGUGUCUGCAGGCGGUACAGCAAGCAGCACGGCCGCGCAGACCAACACCGAAGACAAGACAGUGGUAGCGAUUCUGACUCCGAUACCGAGUGUAAAGGAUACGAUAGGUCAGAGUUCUGGCGUCGCAAGAUGAGGACAGUUCACAAUAUCCUGGACGUGGACAAAGAUGGCCUCAUCUCCUUCAGCGACUUCCAGCUGUUCGCGGACAGGUUCACGGCACUGGGACACCUGGAUGAGGAGCAGGCUAAGGAGUUCACUGCUAUUAUUAAAUUGACUUGGGAGGAGCAGUGGGGCGCCAUCGACCCCUACAACUUCGUGACGGUGGAGCAGUACCUGGAGGACAUGCACCACGUCCUCAACGACUCCUCGCUGAAGCAGCGCGCGCACCGCUGGCUGCCCUACCUCUUCAAGGCCGUGGACAAGGACAAGUCGGGCUUCAUCUCCGUGGCGGAGUUCAAGUUGUUCUUCCAGUGCCUGGGGCUGCGCAGCGAGCACGCCGCCGUCGCCUUCGCCGUCAUCGACACUAACGGGGACGGCAAGUUAUCUCUGAAGGAGUUCGUGAAGUUGGGGAAGGAUUUCUUCUUCACGGAGGACGAGAGCAGAGUCUCCAAGAUGUUCUGGGGGCCGCUCAUCGACGUCUGAACAGACUGCUUUAGCGAUAAUUUACACUCAGAGACGUUAAAUGCCCACUAAGUGACAGUUAUACUAUGCGUAGUUCAGUGUAGUUUUAACUAUGUCUAAUGACGCUAAAAAGUUUUGUAACAUUCCGAAUACAAUCAUUUAAUUGAUUUUACUCGAUAUCAUACUCAAAAGUACAAGUUAUUUUUAUGUUAGUUUGACAAUUACUUAAUACUUUUGUUUGAAAGUUUGGUUUAGUUAUGAAUGUGUAUUUUAGAUAAGUUAAAUGAGAUGAAUCUCAAUAAAAUGAUUAAAUAGUG